UUCAGCUUUUCACCUUUUACUAGUGUUAUGUGAACCAUGCUUUGAGUGAAUAGUGAAAAAUGUUAUGGCAGCAUCUCUGUUAUGCAAAUGUGAUGAUGAUAUGAAGUUAUUUAAAUGAGGAGCGUUAGAAGCUUUUAGUUUUGGCAGGUCAAGAGUUCUUAAGACUAUAUAACACUAUGAUCUUAUUAAUGCAUUUAAACUCAGUUAUGACUUUUUGGCUAAGUUACUGUGAAGCAGUUUUAGUGUUUUUCUAAGACAUCGGCUUCUGUAUCUGCAUAAAAGUGUUGAAAUGUGUAUGCUGCUCUGCUGAAGCUGCAGUGUUUCUGUGAAUUGAUAAUGUCCUAGGUGGGCAAGCCUUAAAUCAAACUGUCUCCACUCUUUUGUGCAUGUGAAAGGGUUAGCUGGGUUUGAAUUGCAAAAACAUAAGUGUCCUGAUUUAUAAAGUAAGGCAGUGGCUCUAGGUUUUUUUAGGACGUUCUUUCUGUGUGGUGACAGUAUGUUUCUCAGCUAGCAUGUGAUACAGAGAGAGCUUUUUUGGGUGUAUCAUGAACCCCCAGGAAGGCUCGGAGAAUAUCAGUGUUUUUAAGUCAUACCUUGGUUUUUGUCAUUGACAUUUCCACAGUUUAAUCCCUUUUGAGAUCUCUGAAUGUUCUGUCUUUGCAGACCUUAUGUUACAUGCUUAAACAUUUAAAAAUUGCACAACCUUAAUGUGUUGCUGCAUAAUGGAAGAUUUUCCUAUUGCUUUAUAUUGUUUUUCGUUAAACGAGGUAAUAUUGUGGGAGAUGGUAACACCAGAAAUCACUAUCUUAAUGUUACAAAACAUGUGACAUGACUUAGGCAUCACUAAGCUGUCACAUGGUUGCAUCCAGUGGGGGAACAUAGUAACGUACAUGGUUCUGAUUUCUGGUGUUGCUGUUCCAUUAGGUUUUCGAGAAGCCCACAAGGCAGAUGGGACUAAGGUCAUUGUUAAGCCUGGCAGAGAAACAUACUGACAUCCAAGAUUAAUUGUAGCAGUGGAUAAUAGGCCUCUAAGAGGCAAACUUCACUUUCUCUUGAAGCUGCUGUGCUUCAAAGGAGUUUUAUUGCUGAAAUGAGUAUUUUUGUAAGGCAACUGGGCAGAAAAAUCUUUGCCCGUGAGCAUGGCUCUAACAAGAAGCUGGCUGCCCAGUCCUGCGCGCUCUCUCUUGUUAGACAGCUCUACCAUCUUGGAGUAAUUGAGGCUUACACGGGACAAACCAAAAAGAAAGAAGGAGAAACGCUGGAAGCCUUUGAAGUAAAUGUUACUGACGAUUUGCAGCGGCAGCUGCACUCUGUCGUUCAGGAGCUGGGCCUUCAGAUUCCUCUACCGCCCGAAGCCCCCGGCAAUCCUGUUUCAUUGAUACAGGGCAAAAUUGCCCAUUUUGAGCCCUCCCAGAAGCAGAGCAUGGCUGGUGUAGUGCCGUGGUCACCACCACAAGUCAACUGGAACCCCUGGACAAGCAGUAAUAUUGAUGAUGGACCUCUUGCUUUUUGUACCCCGGAACAGAUCAGUUCAGAUCUACAAAAUGAACUGAUGUAUCAGCUGGAACAUGACCAAACCCUGCAACAGAUUCUUCAAGAGCGUGAGCAGCUGCCCGUGAAGAAGUUUGAACAGGAGAUUAUGACUGCAAUCCACAGUAAUUCUGUCGUCAUCAUUAGAGGUGCCACAGGCUGUGGAAAAACCACUCAGGUUCCGCAGUAUAUCCUGGAUGAAUACAUCAAGAAUGGAAAAGCUUCAGAUUGUAACAUUGUUGUCACCCAGCCUCGCCGAAUCAGUGCGGUUUCUGUAGCUGAACGUGUCGGCUCUGAGCGGGGCGAAGAUUUGGGGAAAAGCUGUGGGUACAGUGUGCGUUUCGAGUCCAUCCUGCCCAGACCCCACGCCAGCAUUCUUUUCUGCACAGUGGGUGUACUGCUAAGAAAAUUGGAAUCUGGUAUUCGAGGAAUCAGUCAUGUCAUUGUGGAUGAAAUUCAUGAAAGAGAUCUGAAUACUGACUUUCUUAUGGUUGUCCUGAGGGAUGUUGUACAGGCUUUCCCAGAAAUCAGAGUCAUUCUCAUGUCUGCUACUAUUGACACCACCAUGUUCCGUGAAUAUUUCUUCAACUGUCCAGUGAUAGAGGUUUUUGGACGAACAUAUCCAGUUCAAGAGUAUUUCCUGGAGGACUGUAUCCAGAUGACUCAGUUUGUUCCUCCCCCAUCUGAUAAAAAGAAAAAGGAUAAAGAUGAAGAGGGUGGAGAUGAAGAGACAAACUGUAAUGUUAUAUGUGGACCAGAAUAUGGCCCCGAGACCAAAAACUCCAUGGCCCAGAUAAAUGAGAAGGAAACGCCCUUUGAACUGAUUGAAGCUUUGCUGAAAUACAUUGAAACACUCAGCGUUCCUGGAGCUGUGCUGGUGUUCUUGCCUGGCUGGAAUCUCAUUUACUCUAUGCAGAGGCAUCUGGAGAUGAAUCCACAUUUUGCAAGUCACCGCUAUAGGGUUUUGCCUUUACACUCCCAGAUUCCACGUGAGGAACAGAGGAGAGUGUUUGAUCCUGUGCCCGACAAUGUUACAAAGGUUAUCUUGUCCACAAAUAUUGCAGAGACCAGUAUUACAAUCAAUGAUGUUGUCUACGUGAUUGACUCCUGCAAGCAAAAGGUUAAACUGUUUACAGCCCACAACAACAUGACUAACUAUGCUACAGUCUGGGCAUCCAAGACAAAUUUGGAACAGCGGAAAGGCAGAGCUGGCCGAGUCCGACCUGGAUUCUGUUUCCAUCUGUGUAGCAGAACACGCUUUGAAAGACUCGAAACACACAUGACCCCUGAGAUUUUCCGUACUCCUCUGCAUGAAGUAGCCCUCAGCAUCAAGCUUCUAAGGCUUGGGGGCAUUGGACAUUUCUUAUCAAAAGCUAUUGAGCCUCCUCCCUUGGAUGCAGUUAUUGAAGCAGAGCAUACUUUGAGAGAACUGGAUGCUUUGGAUACCAAUGAUGAGUUGACCCCUCUAGGCAGAAUCCUUGCCAAACUCCCCAUUGAACCACGUCUUGGAAAGAUGAUGAUUAUGGGCUGCAUUAUCAAUGUUGGCGAUGCUGUGUGCACAAUAUCAGCCGCCACUUGUUUCCCUGAGCCUUUCAUCAAUGAAGGGAAGCGUCUGGGGUUUGUCCACAGGAACUUUGCAGGGACUAGGUUCUCGGAUCACGUAGCCCUUCUUUCUGUGUUCCAGGCCUGGGAUGAUGCCAGAAUGGGUGGCGAAGACGCAGAAGUUCGAUUUUGUGAGCACAAAAGGCUAAACAUGGCCACUCUGCGGAUGACAUGGGAGGCUAAAGUGCAGCUUAAGGAUAUCCUCGUUAAUUCUGGAUUUCCCGAAGAGUGCUUGAUGACACAGAUGUUCAAUAACUUCGGGCCAGAUAACAAUCUGGAUGUGGUCAUCUCCUUGCUGACAUUUGGCUUUUAUCCCAACGUUUGCUAUCACAAGGAGAAAAGGAAGAUCCUCACCACCGAGGGGCGCAAUGCUUUAAUCCACAAAUCCUCUGUUAACUGUCCCUUCAGCAGCCAAGACAUGAAAUAUCCUUCACCAUUCUUUGUGUUUGGAGAAAAGAUCAGGACAAGGGCCAUCUCGGCAAAAGGAAUGACUUUGGUCAGCCCUCUUCAGCUGAUUCUGUUUGGGUCAAAGAAAAUCACUUCAGAUGGUGAACUUAUUUUACUUGAUGAAUGGAUAAAACUGAAGAUGCCUCAUGAUGUUGCUGCCUGUAUUGCUGCUCUCAGAACAGGAGUAGAGGCACUUGUUGUCGAAGUAACUAAAGAUCCUGAAUACAUAAGACAGAUGGGUCCUGUGAAUGAACGCAUGUUGAACAUCAUUCGUCAAAUUUCAAAACCCUCUGCCGCAGGGAUACACCUAAUGGUGAACAACUCAAGGUUUGGGGAUGGCCCACGGCCUCCGAAGAUGGCGCGGUAUGAGGGUGGUGGGGGCUACAGAGGCCGAGGAGGCUACCAGGGCGGGGGUGGCUACGGAGGAGGGGGUGGCUACGGAGGAGGUGGCUACGGAAGAGGUGGUGGAUAUGGAGGAUUUGGAAAUGGAGGCGGUGGUGGUGGAUACAGAGGAGGGGGCUAUGGAGGAGGGGGUGGAGGCUUCAGAGGCUCAGGCUAUGGGGGAUACAGGGGAGGUGGAGGACACAGGGGAGGAGGGGGUUACAGAGGUGGUGCAUUUUAGGAACCGUUUAUGCUAAAGGGAUACUGCUUGGGUGUAUUUUUCCUAAAAGGCCAUGGUGUAUGGAAAUCCUUAUGUUCAGUAAACCUUUAAAACUUUGGACUUGUGGUUCUCAGAGGUUUUUUUUUUUACUUUCAAUCUGUCUUUGUGGAGUUUGUUUCUAAAUUUAGUAUGCAGUUAGUGCUUUAGGUCAUGUGUGCCCAACUCCAGGUAUCAAUAUAUGCUGUCCAGCAGAUUUUCUAGGUCUCUUUAAAUCCAUCCUCUUAAGAAUGAGAAAUUUGAUUUGUACAGUUAAGCAAAUAUUGAGUUUAGUUAGGUAAUUAAGGGCUCAUGAGGAAGAAAAAGCAGAAACUGUCUGGUCCUCCAGGACAGGAGUUUUAUACCUCUGAGCGAAGAUAUUCAGUUCUCGAUCUCUGCACAGUGAAUUGCAAUAGAAUGCUUGUAAAAUAUCUGGACUUCAGCUAGGCUUGGAGUGUCAAAUUGUUUUAAAAUAAAAGGCAAAUCUGUAUGUCAAAUGUAAGGAAUCCACUAAAUGUAAAAAAGGCAAUAUGUGAAUAACAAACUCUACCCACAGUGGAUUUAAAUAAAACAUUUAAAGUUGA